GCGCGUGUCGACCGGUUGAAACUAGAUCAAUAUGCGUGUGUUCUGUUAGAACGACUUGGGUGAACUCCAAACUAUUAUGGAUAACAGAGAAGACGGAGGAAACGCUUUCAAAAAGCUCACGCGGUUGUUUGAUGGUGAAAGGUUCCAAGAUAGCUUAUGGUCGUGGGUUGUUUGUUUUGCAGCGGCUGUGUGUAAUGGUAUUAAUCUGGGCUUUACUCUCAGCUUUGGAGUUUUGUUUCCAGAGUUGAUGAGGCACUUUAAUGCCACAAGAGGGAGAACAGCCUGGGUUGGUUCAAUCGGCCUAGCUAUGGUAUGGUUCGCAAGUUUGCCGGCCGGAUACCUGUGCGAUCGCUUUGGAUGUCGUAUAACGUGUUUUUUAGGGGGAUUGCUAUGCGUGACGGGUCUGGUGGCAACUUCCUUCGCCAAUAGCCUCAAUCUUAUGUAUUUUACCUAUGGUUUGGUGUACGGUUCGGGAGCGUGCUUCAUUUAUAACUCCAACUAUUUGGUACUUGGAAAAUAUUUUAAUGAAAAACUCUCAUUAGCUGUUGGUAUAACGGCAUUGGGGUCGAGUAUAGGUGUUCUUUACACAGGUCCGUUACUACAGAUUCUUUUGGACGCGUUUGGUUGGAGAAACACGUUUAGAAUAAUGACGGCAACCUUCGCUCUUGUUUGCAUUUUGAGUUUGAAUUUCAAUCCAAACGUAGUUGCAACAACAAUAGUGACGGAGAUAAAAACAGAAGCGUUGGACAUGGGAAAAAAAGUAGGAAUUAAGAGAAGAAUCUCUUUCUACUGCAGUGUGUGGACGUUUCCUGUUUUCACUUUCGUCGUCAUUUCUUUGAUGGUGGGAUCUUUUGGAAUGUAUGUUCCUUACAUCAAUCUGGUCAAGUACUGUGAGGAUCUUGGUAUCACGGCGCAAAGUGCCUCUCGACUGUUCAUCUUCAUCGGCUUUACCUCAUCACUUGCACGGAUUCUGUCCGGAAAACUGUGUAACAAUCCAAAGAUCAACCCAGUGUUUGUUUAUCAGUCAUCGCUGUUUAUCGGUGGUGUAUGUGUGCUCCUGUUACCUAUGGCAACUACAUACUGGGCCUUAGUUUUAUUUAGCUGUGCUUAUGGAAUAAGCGAUGGAAUUUUCAUAACCACGCAGUGUUACAUCUUACUUAGCUGUGUGGAUAAAGAGAGAGCUACAGCUUCAUUUUGUAUCCUUAACCUGCUCUAUUCAUUUUCGGUGGCUACUGGGGGACCAAUUGCUGGUUUGAUGGCAGACCAAAGUGGGAACUAUAUCAAUUCGUUUUACAUGACCGGCGGGGUUCUGAUGUUUGCAUUUGUCAUUCCUUUCGGAGUGACUUUCACCAAGCUGAGAGGGUCUCGAGUCAGUCCAAUAGUGUCAGAAAUGAGAGACUUGGAAGCAAGAAACACUGAACCAAGCCCUAAAGCCAAUCCCAGUGACAGCAAGGACUUCCCUGUUAGCUAAUCAAUUUGAAAACUAAAGCAAAAAACAUAUCAUGGCAUCAAAGAUUAACUGUUUUGGUAAACUCAGAUGAAAGUCAUCGAACGGGUUAUCGUUACAGUUUGGAAUAAUUUGUAACGAAAGCUUUUGUUCGGGUCAGUCAUAAACAAGGACCGUAGUUUUAGCGGAACUGGAAAAAUCAACCACAAUUUCAACUGCAAGGCCUAUUUAAUUCAUACUGUUGCUCUCAAGUGUCCCAAAGAACACUGGGCAUAAUACGACGACUACGAAAGUUCGCUUGAAAAAGAAUCGAUACGCUAAAUAUCUCGAAAUUGAAAAUAAUUAACCGAAAAAAGAGAAACGUUCCGACAAUAGAGAUCUCUUUCAGAGAAUUUCAAAACUCUUGUCACUCGAUCAAAAUGUAGGAAAAAAUUGAUCUUCAUUUCCCGUGGUUCUGAAGCAGAAGUCGUUGCAUAUGAUAUAAUCUUAUGAAAUAAGAUUGUACGAACUCCCUGAUUGGUCAAAAACUUAUUGCUUAUUGCACUGGUAAAAUCAUUGUUACAGCACUUUUUAUCGGAUUACAGGUGUAAUAACCGACUUCGAUUUUGGGAGAACACUCGAAAGCCCAGAAGCUAAUAAGAAGUUUAUAAGGAGCCAUUGGUACAAAACUUGACACUUAUGCAUCGAUGUUUAUUGUCGACUUUUAUAACAACUCAAACCUGUGAGUUUUGAUGAAAUAUUUUUUGAUUAAUUGUAAAUGGGAAGAGAGGAAAAUAAAGGGGAAAAAACCCAAUUAUCACAGAUCCAGAUGACACACUUUCAAAUAACGCUAUAAAUAGUUUUUAAAUAUUAAUUCGUUACUUUUUAUGUUGAAAUUACUUAAGGAGAGAA